AUGAACAAGGACGUCAAAGCUUGGGCCCGGUCGUGUCUGAGCUGCCAGCGCAACAAGGUGCAGCGUCACAACAAGUCCCCACCAGGCACUUUCCCCAGUCCCGACGCACGGUUCAGCCAUGUGCACCUGGAUGUCGUAGGCCCCUUGCCUCCAUCCAAUGGUUUCACCUACCUCCUUACCUGUGUCGAUCGAUAUACUCGCUGGGCUGAAGCUAUUCCUUUGCCGAAUGUUCAGGCUGAAACCAUCGUGAAGGCCUUCGUCAGUCGUUGGGUCGCCAUGUUCGGUGCCCCAUCCACGGUUACGACUGAUCGUGGUGCCCAGUUUGAGUCGGCACUCUUCCAAACGCUACUCAAUUUCCUUGGCUGCACACGCAUUCGGACGACAGCCUACCACCCCGCUGCCAACGGUAUGGUGGAACGUUUCCAUCGCCAGCUAAAGACCGCCCUGCGUGCCGUAGAAGACCCAGGAAACUGGUCGGACAACCUUCCUCUUGCACUCCUCGGCAUCCGCGCAGCUCUGAAGUCGGAUCUGGGCUGUAGCGCAGCUGAAUUGGUUUUCGGCACUACCCUCCGACUGCCAGGCGAGAUGAUCACCCCAACCUCUCGUGGAGCCGACGAGACUCCUGACAAUCUUGUGCACCGUUUGCGACAAUUUAUGCGCUCGCUUUCCCCGGUUCGACCUCGAGCUCCAAUGACUGAGUCUUAUGUCGAAAAAGACUUGGACAAAUGUACUCAUGUGUUCGUCCGGUGUGACCGUGUGCGCCAGCCGCUGGAAUCACCAUAUGAAGGACCGUUCCGCGUGCUCGCGCGCAACACCAAGACCUUCCGAAUUCUUCGCAAUGACAAGGAGGACGUGGUCAGUGUCGAUCGGGUCAAGGCUGCUGUUGCGGAGGAGCCGCCGGACCUGUCACAAGGACAAACAUGUGCUGACCCCCUAACCCCUGUUCCUCCAUCUUCCCUAUCCCCUACUCGUUCACCCUGCCCACCGCCUUGCCCUUCCCCUCCCUUGCCCUCUACCCCUCCGUCCCGCAUACUUCCUCUCCCUACAUGUCAACAGCAUCCAACUGCAACACCAUCGUCCACCACAGCACGCAGUCAACCCUCUUCGACUGUACCUCCUGCAUACAUAACUCGCAGUGGCCGUCACGUUCAUUUUCCUGAUCGUUUAGUUACCCAUUUUCUCUAGACUUGUGCAUAUCCUCCGGCGCCGUAUCCCGUCGCCCUCCGGUCUAGAAGGGGGGUACUGUGGUGAGGUACCUGACUAAUUUACCUUUGACAGUUUAGUCCCAUUUCCUUUGACCGCAUUGCUUGUUUGAAUGUGACGAGAAACGACACACCGGGACAACCCGCCGUGCUAGCGUGCUCUGCUGUGGUAUUCUGUUGUCAGUUUUCUUAACGUUCAAAAACCUCUAUAUUAUUCACUGCUCCGAUUUACUUGCUGCAUUUAAGUCUAGGGGCUCGUGAGAUAUAACUCGUUAGUUCGUGAGAACAUUACGAUUUACGACAGCAUCAGUCCUAUCUGGUUUUUCAGAUCGUGUUCAUAUAUGGGGCAAAUGUUCCUCCUCUUUCCGCUAAUAACAACCGGAUUCUGCUUUCGUUUUUACCAGAAGACUGUCUUCCUUUCUCAAAUGCAUCCAUGAAGGCAGAAUUCAUCCGCCGAAAACGUGCCAAUUCCUCUGGUUCACAUAUAAUCCGUUCACUUUCCCUUCGAAAAUUGGUCGACGCACUGCGGAAGCCGUUGCCGUUGGCAUUUCAAAAGUAAACGGACGAAGACGAGCUGCCGAAUCAGUGGAGAACUGGCUCUACCUUCCAAAUCUACAAGGGAGGAACUAGAGUGCAGUCGUGAACUACCAUUGUCUUAGUUUAACCUGCUUUUCGUGCACGAUCUUUCAACAACUUAGUACGAGCCAUCUUGUAACGUAUCUGGAGCAGAUGAACCCAUUACGUGCCGCCCAGCACGGUUUUCACCGUGACCAAUCAAGUCUUACAAGUAGGCUUUCCUCGUGGAAAAUUUGGACAUGGACCAGAGCCGUUCAGUGGAUUCCAUCUUUUCAGUUUAGGACAGUUUAUCGAGGGAAUUAGGCGUAAGCUUUUGAGUACCCUAUAUACAACGUAAAAGGGGUGUAGGGGUGUCCAGCGGUGGAUACACGUGAUGGUCGUAGUGGUCGCUCACAUGCUUACAGGUGAGACUACGCCUAGCGUCCAUUUGCUGGCGCCUAACUCUCACCUGUGGCUCCACGUAGCUGGGCUCUGCUCAGCAGCCACACCCCGGGCAACCGUCUCGACCGGCGGGCUAAACCAGGUGAGGGCGCUGUGCACUUGUGCCGAGUGCACAGAGUACCGCGGACUCCGCUGGAUGGAUGGUCGGAUGAAACACUGCGCCGGCAUCGUCGAGACGAGGCUCUGCCUGGUACGCCGUUGGAUAACUGCUGCCGGGGCGGGUCUCUGCAUCGUCUUCGCUGAGACGCGCCCACACUCGCCGACGGAGACCGCGGACUCACGGCACAUGCGGUCGUUCUCCACUACGAACAUAAAAGUCGUGGCCCCAUAGUGGGAUUCGGUCGCGCCAACCAGGCACAUGGGCAGCCCGAUUCAGGGACGGCACUGCCUGCCCCCACGAGGGGAAGGGCCUUGAAAAGGUGGUCUAAAAAAUGCUGGGCACCACGCCGUCUGCAGGCCAGCCAAGGCCGCAGAUGCCAUCAAUACGGUCGAAACAAUCAAAAUCGAACCAACAACAAUACCAAUUACAACAACAACAACAACCAUACUCAUUCUUCUCAUCCUACCUCUUCUUCCUCUAGCUCCGUCUAAUCUUCUGCCUAUUCUUCUCCUUCGUCACCUUCUUCUCCAUCUUCUUCCUGUCGCCCCACUCGUUGUCACCAGACUGGCAGGGUGAGCCCGCUCACUCUGGCAGCCUGGAAUGUUCGUUCCCUUUUAGACAAUCCGAGGAGCAACCGACCGGAACGGAGGACGGCGCUAGUGGCACGAGAACUGGCGCGCUACAAGGUGGAAAUCGCCGCACUCCGCGAAACCCGAUUCUCCGAACAAGGCCAACUAGAGGAGGUGGGUGCCGGUUACACCUUCUUCUGGAGUGGUCGACCCAAGGCAGAGGGACGAGACGCGGGCGUCGCCUUCGCCAUCCGGACCGACAUCGUAGGACGACUGCCCUGUUUGCCGCAGGGAAUCAACGGUCGCCUGAUGAGCUUCCGUCUGCCCCUCCGGCGAGGAGGCAAAUUCGCCACCAUCAUCAGCGCCUACGCUCCGCCGAUGAGCAGCCCCGACGCCGCCUCAAGAGACCAAUUCUACGAGGACCUGCACGCCCUCUUGGCGACUGUGUCGAAGGCGGACAAGUUGAUCGUCCUUGGCGACUUCAACGCCCGCGUCGGCACAGACCAUACUGCCUGGAGGGGAGUGCUGGGUCCUCACGGUCUCCGCGGCUCCAACGACAACGGCCUGCUUCUCCUCCGCACCUGCGCAGAACACCGCCUCAUCCUGACGAACACGUUCUUCUGUCUGCCGGAACGAGAGAAGACCACCUGGAGGCAUCCUCGGUCGCGUCAGUGGCACCUGCUGGACUAUGUCCUCGUCCGGAGGCGAGAUCAGCGAGACGUGCUGGUGACGAAGGCGAUCGCGGGUGCUGACGGAUGGACCGACCAUCGCCUCGUCAUCUCGAAGAUGCGUAUUCGCCUACAGCCUCGCAAGAGACCACAAGGUAAGCGACCGCCAGGUAAGCUGAAUGUUGCUUUGCAGUCUUUGCCUGCUCACCGUCUCCAUUUCAGCAAUGAGCUAGCUCAACGGCUAGACAACCUUCCUAUCGCUGCCGCCACAGACGCCCCCGAUGCCGAGAACGCCUCCGUGCAGAACCGUUGGUGUCAACUGCGAGACACGGUCCAGUCGACGGCGCUCGCCGUCCUCGGUCGCGCUCCCCACCAACACCAGGACUGGUUCGACGACAACGACGCCGCCAUCAGCUAUCUGCUUGCCGAGAAGAACCUCCUACACAAGGCCUACGUAGCUCACCCCACUGAGGACAACAAAGCUGCCUUCUACCGCAGUCGCCGACAGCUUCAGCAACGACUGCGCGAGAUGCAGGACGCCUGGACUGCUCGCAAAGCUGAGGAGAUCGAAGGCUACGCGGACCGCAACGAAUGGAAGAACUUCUUCUCCGCGAUCAAAGCCGUCUGCGGUUCGCCGACGAAGGGCACUGCUCCUCUCCUCAGCGCCGACGGCAGCACUCUCCUGACUGAGAAAACGCAAAUCCUACAGCGAUGGGCCGAGCAUUUCCAGGGCGUCCUCAACCGCCCUUCCGUCAUCUCCGACGCCGCCAUCGCCCGCUUGCCACAAGUGGAGACCAACGUGGACCUCGACCUCCCGCCAUCUCUCCAGGAGACCAUCAGGGCCGUGCAGCAACUCUCCAGCGGGAAAGCACCCGGAUCGGACGCAAUCCCUGCUGAGGUCUACAAGCACGGAGGUCCCCUACUGAUGGAUCACCUGACUGCGCUCUUCCAGGAGAUGUGGCGUCAAAGUGAAGUCCCGCAAGAUUUCAAGGACGCAACUAUCGUGCACCUAUACAAGCGAAAAGGGAAUCGUCAAGUCUGCGACAAUCACCGCGGCAUCUCCCUACUGAACAUCGCCGGGAAGAUCUUCGCUCGCAUCCUACUCAACCGCCUCAACAACCAUCUGGAACAGGGCCUUCUGCCGGAAAGCCAAUGCGGCCUCCGUCGUCAUCGUGGGACCACGCCAACUUCAGGAGAAGUGCCAGGAGAUGCGGACCCACCUGUACUCUACAUUCGUGGACCUGACGAAAGCCUUCGGCACGGUGAAUCGUGA